CGGCUUCCGCCUGGGGGAGCGGCUGGAGGGUCGCCGCGCGGUCUGGCCGGGCCGGAGCAGCCGCCGCAGCUGCGGGAGGCAAAAAGGAUGCCAAAAGGAGCCUGCUCGACGACCGAGAAUCACAAGCAGCUUUAAAAAGGAAAGCAAAUCAAGCCAGCAAUCAAAUCUUCUCCACUUUCUCCAGAGAACCCCAAAACUCUUCUUCCCCAGCUGGGGACAGUCGAGGGAGAGAAAAACAAGAGGAGAAGGUUCUUGAGCUGGAAAAAAUUGAAUACGUGGAAUAUGGGGAGCUCAAAUAUUACAUGAAGAGGUCAAGGGGGAUAAUUUCCAAAUUCAGAAAAAGAGGGAACUAUCUGGAAGUCAGUGGGGAGGAAAAGGAGACUUGGAUGGCCACGUAGGGCAGAGAGUAACACAAGCCUCACCCUGCGAGGAAGGAAACAGUUGCUUCAAUCAAAGCACCACCACACAAGGGAUCGAAAAUAGCUUUGAUCUCCUUGAGAAUCCAAGAAUACCACUGGUGGAAAAGCCCCACAGAGGUGUAUAUAGUGGGAAAAGCAGAGAUUACAGAUCACAGCUGAUCAUGCACAAGAUGACUCAAACCGGGGAGAAACUGUAUGAAUAUCUGGACUGUGGAAAAACUUUCAGUGGAAAAUCCAACCUGGUGAUACACCAGAGGACUCACACAGAAGAGAAACCAUAUGAGUGUCCAGCUUGUGGGAAAAGUUUCAUUCUGAAUUUCCACCUGGUGAUACACCAGAGGACGCACACAGGAGAGAAACCGUACAAGUGUCCGGAUUGUGGAAAAAGUUUCAAUCACAAUUCCUCCCUGGUGCAACACCAGAGGACUCACACAGGAGACAAACCAUAUAAGUGUCCAGAUUGUGGGAAAAGUUUCAUUUGGAAUUCUGACCUGGUGAUACACCAGAGGACUCAUACAGGAGAGAAACCGUAUGAGUGUCCGGAUUGUGGGAAAAGUUUCAAUCACAAUUCCUCCCUGGUGCAACACCAGAGGACUCACACAGGAGAGAAACCGUACAAGUGUCCGGAUUGUGGAAAAAGUUUCAAUCACAAUUCCUCCCUGGUGCAACACCAGAGGACUCACACAGGAGAGAAACCAUAUCAGUGUCUGGAUUGUGGGAAAAGUUUCAGUCAGAAUUCCAGCCUGGUGCAACACCAGAGGACUCACACAGGAGAGAAACGGUAUGAGUGCCCAGAGUGUGGGAAAAGUUUCAGUCAGAAUUCCAGCCUGGUGCAACACCAGAGGAUUCACACAGGAGAGAAACCAUAUGAGUGUCGGGAUUGUGGGAAAAGUUUCAGUUACAAGCCCAGCCUGGUGAUACACCAGAGAACUCACACAGGAGAGAAACCAUAUGAGUGUCCAGAUUGUGGAAAAAGUUUCAUUCAGAAUUCUCAGCUGGUGAUACACCAGAGGACUCACACAGGAGAGAAACCAUAUGAGUGUCCAGAUUGUGGGAAAAGUUUCAUUCAGAAUUGUCAGCUGGUGAUACACCAGAGGAUUCACACAGGAGAGAAACCGUAUGAGUGUCCGGAUUGUGGGAAAAGUUUCAUUCAGAAUUCUCAGCUGGUGAUACACCAGAGGACACACACAGGAGAGAAACCGUAUGAGUGUCCAGAUUGUGGGAAAAGUUUCAGUACUAGGUCUAUCCUGAUAAAUCAUGUAGCUUUACACAUAGGAGAGAAACCAUUCAAAUGCCCAGACUGUGGACGGUGCUUCACAACAAGUUCCUCCCUUAAGAGACACAAGGAAAUCCACAUGAGGCAGAAGGUGAUGAGUGUAGAGACGGCUUGAAAAGUUAUUUCAUUUCUGGGCUGAUAGUUCAGUCAAAUAUGUCUCAGUAUUAGAGAUGAAGGAGGAGAGAAAAAAAAUGGAAAAUGUUAGUUUGGGAAAGGCUAACUACACCUUUCUGGCCAUCAGCAGAACUUCCCAGUAAGCUGCUGCAAGCCCGAAAAGAUACAUGAAAAAAAGAUUGGAGGGCUCAGAUUUUAUGAGAGAAGAUAAUAGGGACGUUUGUGGCAGUGACAAAACCCCUGUAAAGUUUCAGAUGGAAAGGCUGUUCUGCCUCACAGUUGAAGGUGAUGGAAAAGAGCUGCAGGAAUACGGAGUUGAGGAGAAAAGGCAUUGUGGUUCUGAGCGCAGGAAGGACCUUCAGGUUUAGGAACAGCCCCUGCUGUGAUCGUGUUUGCCUGGCGGUGCCUGCUUGUUAGCCUUUUGUGGCUGUGGGUGACAGCAGCGCCAGGAGGCUGACCCCUUUGCUACAUCCCCCUUGAUGGUGGGGAUGGAGGAAAGAGUUGCCCGGUGGAAGAGGUUUCCUUUCCAGAAAUGCAUUGUGUAAGAACCAUUUGUGGCUUUUGAGAAGGAAAAAAACUGGGUAGUGUCAGCGAUGAGGGCGAAGAUGAGGCAAUGCUCCCUUCCCAAGACAUGGGAGAUGUUUCCAUUUCUUUCACUCCUCUCUCUGGGCUUCUUUUUGAAUUUUCCCCAGAAAUCCCUACAAGUAAAGAGGAACAUUAUUUGGAGCCGCUAAGUGGCAUUUUAGUUAUGCAGAUGAAUGAUCCUGAUUUUGCUGAGUUCAGAAGACACCAAAGAAUUCAAGGUUUGUUCAUUUCAGGAGCCUGAUUCAGAGAUCAGGUUAUAAUGCCUUUUUUCCCUAGGAGAUGACUUUGCAUAUGAUCCCUUUGCAGAAGGACACUGAAGAGCCGGGACCAGGCCGGGGGUGGGGAGGAAGCAAGAGGCUCUUUUGCCCUGAGCCUCCAAAUCCGAGUGGCUUCACAUUUAAAGGUCUGCAAAGUUGUUUAAAAUAUUCAAAUUACAUUUAAUUUUGUCUUCCUUCCUCUCUUGCUCUUUUUUGGUGCUGUAUUUUUGGGCACACCUGUAUACUUGGUGGCCAAUGGAAUACUGAUGCCUUUGAGGAGUAAAAUGGGAGAAGAGGACAGAGGGAAUGGAAUGGAAUGACUUGGAAGAGGUCAUGGCUGGCUGGCUCAGAGUUGGCAGAUGGGAGCCACCUGUCAGCCCUCUGACUAAGUAAAGAAAGAUCCUGGUUGCUCUCCUCUGGACUGAUCCAGGUCAUGAAGGACACGGACGUUCGUCAAAGAUGGUAUCCAGACCUGGGGCCAAUAUUCUAGGUGUCGCCUGACCGACAGGGAAGAGAGAGGAACAGUGACCCCUCUUGAUCUUGACACUUGAAUUUGGUUGAUGCAGCUGAGGAUUGCAUUGGCCUUUUUUGCAGCUAUGUCACGCUCUUGGCUCACACUCACCUUGGAAUUUCCCCUGGUUACUUUCUGCGCAUAAUGCUGCCCGGUAUGUCUCCCCCCGCCACAUCCGAUACUCCUGCCUUUGACUUUUGCUGUCUGAAUGUAGAAAUUCUGUUGAAAUUCCUCUUGCUGUUGCUUCCAAUCAUUGUAGCUCGUCAAGAUCUUCUUGAAUCUCAAUAAUCCCCUAAAGUGCUUCCUAAAUCCCUGUCUUCUUUUCUCUGCAAAUUCUAAUUAUAAACAUGUUGAAUAUCAGAGAA